CACAGGAACGAGCGCUCGCACUCCAGCCCUUCGCUCAGUUCGGUUCGCUUCAGACGCGUGUGCGCAUCCAGCCUUCAUCCCUCCGCAGUAAUCCCAAGGAAAAAAUCAAGUAAGCAGCCAUGGAUGCCAUCAAGAAGAAGAUGCAGAUGCUCAAGCUCGACAAGGAGAAUGCCUUGGACAGAGCUGAGCAGGCCGAGAGCGAUAAGAAAGCGGCGGAGGACAGAAGCAAACAGCUUGAGGAUGACCUCGUAGCACUGCAGAAGAAACUGAAGGGCACUGAGGAUGAGCUGGACAAAUUUUCAGAGGCUCUUAAAGAUGCCCAGGAGAAACUGGAGGUGGCUGACAAGAAAGCCGCAGAUGCUGAGGCAGAUGUAGCUUCCCUGAACCGACGUAUCCAGCUGGUUGAGGAGGAGUUGGAUCGCGCACAGGAGCGUCUGGCCACAGCUCUGCAGAAGCUGGAGGAGGCUGAGAAGGCUGCAGAUGAGAGCGAGAGAGGCAUGAAGGUCAUUGAGAACAGGGCUAUGAAGGAUGAGGAGAAGAUGGAAAUCCAGGAGAUCCAGCUUAAAGAGGCCAAACACAUCGCUGAGGAGGCUGACCGCAAAUACGAGGAGGUGGCCCGUAAGCUGGUGAUCGUUGAGGCUGAGCUGGAGCGUACAGAGGAACGUGCUGAGCUGUCUGAGGGUAAAUGCGCUGAGCUUGAGGAAGAGUUGAAAACUGUGACCAACAACCUGAAGUCCCUGGAAGCCCAGGCUGAGAAGUACUCACAGAAGGAGGACAAAUAUGAAGAGGAGAUCAAGGUCCUGACUGACAAACUGAAGGAGGCUGAGACCCGUGCCGAGUUCGCUGAAAGAUCAGUCGCCAAGCUUGAGAAGUCCAUUGACGACCUUGAAGAUAAACUCUCACAUGCUAAAGAAGAGAAUCUUGAUAUGAACCAGAUGUUGGAACAGACUCUAUUGGAGCUCAAUAACAUGUGAACAACCUGGUCGCACGAUGAUGAUGUCUGCAUUUUGUAAUCCUUGUGUUGUUUUUUUCAUCAUGACAGAUUAAUGGACGUGCCAAUUGUUACGAAAGCUUUAGUUUUCCAUGUGUUUUAUGUUUUAAGGUAAUAAUGUGGUACGCGUUUAUUUUAUUCUGGUUGUGCACAGACAAAAGGUUAGCAAUGAUUGCACUUAAUUCAAUAUGAACAUUGCUGUUGUAGUGGACAUUCGAGUCUAAAGCCAAGUUCAUCUAAAGGUUUUCUUUAGUGUACAUGGGAUUAGGUUGUCCUGUGUGUACUGGUGCUACUGUAAAGGCAGACGUCUAACAGUUUGUAGCUUAUAGAUUCGAUUCAUUUACAAUUUGGAUUUUUGGUUCGUGCCAAUAUUUAGCCCUGCCCUGGGAUUUAUUUACACAUCAACUUUUAUUUAUUUUUGUCUUUUUUUCCUCCCCUAAAUGUCAGGCAACAUUAUUCGCAAAUGCGUUAUUGGGUUUUCUAUUCAAUCGUGGUGAAACCCAAGUGGUUCAAAAUGUCUUCAUUUUGAACUUGGGAAAAAUAUGAUGAAAUCAUAUUUUUUUGGUUGUGCCUUGUUCAUUUUAGUCAUUUUUAAAUGUAGGUGUAUUAAUGUAUGUCAUAUAAAAUGUACAAAGGUAAAAUAUAAAUAAAACCACUCCAUUUGACAUUUUCUAAA